AUGUUUUUAUUCUCGAAAUCUACAGCCCUGCUUUUUCUGCUAACUGUAGUUCUUCUGGUUUCUGCUGAAUCUGUGCAUUGGCGUAAGAAUUUUUGAUAUCUUUUUUCCCAGAGAAAUAUAUUUUUUUUAGAAUGGCGUGAGAUCCGAUGCGAACCUCAUGAUGGAGAUGAAGAAGGUCAAGCUUCAUCGUGUGAACUUCAAUUGAAAGAAGAUGAGAAUGAUCAGAAUCCAAGAGUUGUGCCAUUCAACACCUGUAAUGAUGUGAGAAAAAUUCUUCUUGGUAAUCCCUUGAAUAAAAAUAAACCGAUUUCAGGAGACAGUGGAAGGCGAACUAAAAACGUACUGUGAUAUCUUGUGUCCUGGCGCAAGUACAGCCUAUCGAAUCACUCGCUGGCCACAACAACAUAAAUCAUGUUUCACACAUACGACCUAUCGACUUGAAAAACGAGAAGAGAAUUUCUAUCUUUGGAGAUCGAAGGAUUGUCGAACAUCUUCUAUUGGUUUCAUGAUUCGAUGCGAGUUUCAAUCGCCGAGAUCGGAUUUUUUGACUGAUCAAGAUUUGUUCCGUGUUGCUAGAAGACUCACUUAA